UGUGUCAGAGACUGAGUGUGAAGUGCAUGUGUUUGUAUGUGCGUAAUAGUCUUGUAAUAUCUAACACUGUGUUCAGCAGAGCGGCCCUCGUUGCAUUCUCGAUUGCUCGGACCUUUGUGGACUUAACUUUCCCUCAGCAGGACUGAGGAAAGCACUUGAAAAGCAAGGGGCUCAUUAAGGAUUAAUAGAGACUCUAAAAGAAUAGCUGUCAAGAUGUUGAUCACCAUGUUAACAGCUAUGUACGUGAUGGUCAAAGUCGUAGAAUCGAUAGGGGCACGAUUUGCACGGCAAGAUGAGCCUUUGCCUUACAUGGUGUCUCAGCCUUUGCCUUGGCAGAUUCAUUCUGUUUCACACAGCCGGAGGAGCAGCAAAGCAGAAGAGUUUGACGGUCUCAGGAGGAACAGCAUAGGCGUGUACAGAAAGAACUAUGUCUCCAUGGCUAUAGCGUCGACCUCUCUGGCUAUCCCCUGUGUCCUGUCGUGCUCAGACUCCAAUGCCAGCAAUGGCACGUGUACCGCACCAGCUGUUCCUCCACUCAGCCCCAUUGAAAUUGAGAAGGCUGCGUCCACCAUCCAGAGCCACUUCAGGAAGUUCCAACAGAAGAAGCAAAAGAACGGCAAGUAGAUGGAGCGAGAAGGAGGAGGAGAAGGGUGGUGAUACGGAUGCAGUGGGACUGAGAGACAACAGGAAGCAGGUGGGGCGUGCGUGAAUUCACCAAAGGCUUGAUGGACUGUGAAUAAUAAUUAUGGAAAAAAAAACAUGAAAAUGUAUAUACAUUCAAACUUAGUAUAGUUUCCAGAAAACUAAAGAAUAACAUAAAGCUCUAGCCUUCAUGUCAAACACUGCUUGUGACACAAGUUUAAAUUGUUUGUGACUAAUAAGACUGUACAAGGGAAUGAAUAGUUUUUAUGUGCUGUGAUGACAGGGUGACUGUGAGUCUGUGAGUGUGUUGAAGUGUAUAUAUGACUUUUAUUUUGAGUAUAUAAAUGUGGGAGGGACAAAAACUGUGUCAACAUGUUCUUGCAAAAAUAAAUCUGUUGGAAUUUGACCAAAUCAUUUUAAUAAACUAAUUUGCCAGACUGUGUUGAAUCAUUGU